GAACUACUUCGUUAUAAAUUGUAUAACUGUUCAACGGGAGGUCGUGUAAUAUUGGUCAGUAUAUAGCCCAGCGAAAAUAUAAAUAGCGCGGCACCGGCACGCAUGCGCGCUCCCGAUCUGUUCUAAAUUCAAAUAGUCCGGCGCUCGCGCAGCCCGGACGUUUGAAAAUCGGAUUUUAAAUCCAAAUUUCGAAAUUCCGAUUCUGACUGGAAAGGCCACGUGAUUGGUACAUAUUUUAUAAGGAACGUGUGAAUUGAAUUUAGAAUCGUUAGUGUUGUGAACUGUGAAAAAUGUGUGAACAGUGCGUGCAGCGUUGAUUCCACUAAAAAGGAUUUUUUUGUGCGUUUUAAACGCAUGGUGAUGCAUUUCGAGUGUUAUGGCAACGUUGCAGUAACGCACUGACAGUCGACUGAGAUAACAAGAUGGCGGAAGCUGAGGGAGGAGCGAGCGAGCAAGAUGAUGUUUCAUUCUUGCGUACGGAAGACAUGGUGUGCCUGUCGUGCACGGCGACAGGGGAGCGCGUGUGUCUGGCGGCGGAGGGAUUCGGUAACCGGCACUGCUUCCUGGAGAACAUCGCCGAUAAGAACAUCCCGCCUGACCUAUCGCAGUGCGUGUUUGUCAUUGAACAGGCGUUGUCCGUGAGAGCCUUGCAAGAAUUAGUGACGGCAGCUGGUUCGGAGACUGGUAAAGAGAAUUUAGGUAAAGGCACCGGUUCUGGUCAUCGUACUCUAUUGUACGGCAAUGCCAUCCUACUACGACAUCUCAACAGUGAUAUGUACCUGGCCUGCCUGUCGACCUCUUCAUCUCAGGACAAGCUGGCGUUCGACGUGGGUCUGCAGGAACACUCGCAGGGCGAGGCCUGCUGGUGGACCCUGCACCCUGCCAGCAAACAGAGAUCCGAAGGUGAAAAGGUGCGAGUCGGUGAUGACUUGAUUCUGGUCUCCGUGGCUACUGAAAGAUACUUGCACACAACCAAAGAGAACGAGGUUUCCAUAGUAAACGCAUCGUUCCACGUGACUCAUUGGUCGGUGCAGCCGUAUGGUACCGGCAUCUCUCGUAUGAAGUACGUCGGAUAUGUGUUCGGGGGCGACGUGCUUCGGUUCUUCCACGGAGGCGAUGAGUGUUUGACUAUACCCAGUACUUGGACGAAGGAUGGGGGGCAGAAUAUCGUGGUUUACGAAGGCGGAUCAGUAAUGUCUCAAGCCCGUUCGCUCUGGCGUCUGGAACUGGCGCGCACCAAGUGGGCGGGAGGCUUCAUCAACUGGUACCAUCCUAUGAGGAUCCGACACAUCACCACUGGAAGAUACCUCGGUGUCAACGACCAAAAUGAACUGUAUUUAGUUAGCAGGGAAGAAGCUACCACGGCAUCCUGCGCCUUCUGCCUGCGUCAAGAGAAGGAUGAUCAGAAGCAGGUGCUGGAAGACAAGGAUCUGGAAGUCAUCGGAGCGCCCAUCAUCAAGUAUGGUGACUCCACUGUGAUCGUGCAGCACUCGGAGACUGGGCUGUGGUUGUCUUAUAAGUCAUACGAAACCAAGAAGAAAGGCGUGGGUAAAGUAGAAGAGAAGCAAGCUAUCCUCCACGAAGAAGGCAAGAUGGACGACGGUCUGGACUUCUCCCGGUCGCAGGAGGAAGAGUCUAGGACCGCUAGGGUCAUCAGGAAGUGUUCGUCGCUGUUCACCAAGUUCAUCAACGGCCUGGAGACUCUACAAGAGAACCGUCGCCACUCCAUGUUCUUCGCUUCCGUCAACCUCGGCGAGAUGGUCAUGUGUCUCGAGGAUCUCAUCAACUACUUCGCACAACCUGAUGAAGAUAUGGAACACGAAGAGAAACAGAACAAGUUCCGCGCUCUCCGCAACCGUCAAGACCUGUUCCAAGAGGAGGGCAUCCUCAACCUGAUCCUGGAAGCCAUCGAUAAGAUCAACGUCAUCACGUCCCAGGGAUUCCUAGCCGGCUUCCUCGCUGGAGACGAGUCGGGGCAGAGCUGGGAGAUGAUCUCUGGUUAUUUGUAUCAGCUGCUUGCGGCCAUUAUAAAGGGCAACCACACGAACUGCGCGCAGUUCGCGAACUCCAACCGCCUGAACUGGUUGUUCUCUCGCCUCGGGUCACAGGCGUCGGGAGAGGGCACCGGUAUGCUGGACGUACUGCACUGUGUGCUCAUAGACUCACCUGAAGCGCUGAACAUGAUGAGGGACGAACACAUUAAAGUCAUCAUCUCACUGCUAGAGAAGCACGGUCGCGACCCUAAGGUCCUGGACGUGCUGUGUUCUCUCUGCGUCGGUAACGGAGUGGCUGUGAGGUCCUCACAGAACAACAUCUGUGACUAUUUGCUGCCUGGCAAGAAUUUACUACUGCAAACACAGCUGGUUGACCAUGUAUCCAGUGUCCGUCCAAACAUCUUCGUGGGCCGCGUCGAGGGCUCGGCAGUAUACCGCAAGUGGUACUUCGAAGUCACAAUGGACCACAUCGAGAAGACCACGCACAUGGUACCACAUCUCAGGAUCGGAUGGGCCAAUACUACUGGUUACGUGCCUUACCCCGGUGGUGGUGAGAAAUGGGGAGGUAACGGAGUGGGUGACGACUUAUCUUCUUACGGUUUCGACGGCGCCUUCCUCUGGUCCGGCGGCAGGAAGACGCCGGUCAACAGGACUCAUGCUGAAGAACCUUAUAUUAGGAAAGGUGAUGUAAUCGGCUGCGCGCUGGACCUGACAGUGCCUAUCAUCAACUUCAUGUUCAACGGCAUCCGAGUGACGGGCUCCUUCACCAACUUCAACCUGGAAGGCAUGUUCUUCCCCGUCAUCAGCUGUUCCAGCAAGCUCAGUUGCCGCUUCCUGCUGGGCGGCGAGCACGGGCGCCUGCGCUACGCGGCGCCCGCGGGCUACUCGCCGCUGGUGGAGAGCCUGCUGCCGCAGCAGGUGCUGAGCCUGGAGCCCUGCUUCUACUUCGGGAACCUCGCCAAGCGCGCGCUGGCCGGCCCGCCGCUCGUGCAGGACGAUACCGCCUUCGUGCCCACGCCUGUUGAUACUAUGCAGAUCACACUCCCGUCUUACGUAGAACAAAUCAGGGAUAAACUGGCUGAAAACAUCCACGAGAUGUGGGCCAUGAAUAAGAUUGAAGCUGGUUGGAUGUACGGUGAUCAGCGAGAAGACCUUCACAAGAUCCACCCGUGUCUAGUGCCCUUCGAGCGACUGCCGCCCGCCGAGAAGCGAUACGACAUACAACUUGCUGUGCAAACACUCAAGACCAUACUGGCGCUGGGCUACUACAUCAGCCUGGACAAGCCGCCGGCGCGCAUACGCAACGUUCGUCUGCCCAACGAACCGUUUAUGCAGUCGAACGGCUACAAGCCAGCACCCCUGGACCUGAGUGCUGUCACCCUGACACCCAAGAUGGACGAGCUGGUGGACCAGCUGGCUGAGAACACGCACAACCUGUGGGCGCGCGAGCGGAUACAACAGGGCUGGACCUAUGGACUCAACGAGGACCCCGACAUGCACCGGUCGCCGCACUUGGUCCCCUACCCGAAAGUUGACGACGCCAUCAAGAAGGCCAACAGGGACACUGCUUCAGAGACCGUCAGGACCCUACUGGUGUACGGAUACAAUUUGGACCCACCUACUGGGGAACAGCACGAGGCGUUACUAGCAGAAGCGUCUAAACAGAAGCAGGCAGACUUCAGAACUUACCGUGCGGAGAAGAACUACGCCGUCAGCUCUGGCAAGUGGUACUUCGAGUUUGAGAUACUCACCGCUGGGCCUAUGAGGGUCGGUUGGGCCCACGCCGAUAUGGCUCCAGGCAUGAUGCUCGGUCAAGAUGAGAACUCUUGGGCAUUCGACGGAUACAAUGAGGAAAAAGUGUACAGCGGUAGCACAGAGUCUUUCGGCAAGCAAUGGGCUGUCGGUGACGUAGUGGGGGUGUUCCUAGAUCUCAUUGAUAAGACGAUAAGUUUCUCAUUGAACGGAGAGUUGUUGAUGGAUGCUCUCGGCGGAGAGACGACCUUCGCUGAUGUACAAGGAGACAACUUCGUACCGGCUUGCACUUUGGGAGUCGGGCAGAAAGCGAGGUUAACAUAUGGCCAGGACGUGAACACAUUGAAGUAUUUCACAACAUGUGGUCUACAAGAGGGUUACGAACCGUUCUGCGUUAACAUGAAGAGAGAUGUCACCCACUGGUACACAAAAGACCAGCCUAUCUUCGAGAACACAGACGAGAUGAUUGACACCAGAAUCGACGUCACCAGAAUACCAGCUGGAUCAGACACCCCACCAUGUUUGAAGAUUUCUCACAACACAUUUGAGACCAUGGAGAAGGCUAACUGGGAGUUCCUCAGACUGUCACUGCCCGUCAUCUGCCACUCUGAGUUUAUCGAUGAGGCAGAAAAGGCACGUCGUUGGAUCGAGAUCAAAGACCGCCAACAGAUCCUUAUGAAGGAAGCUGUCGAGGCUCAGAUGCCGGCCCACAUCGACCAGAUCAUGAGGAGCGGGUUCACCAUGAAUGAUAUCAAAGGUUUGCACUACGAGAACGGACAAGAAGAGGUCCCAACUUCGAAGGUCAAGCGACAGCCGUCCAGACCCCCGCGCAAGGGCUCCAUACCCAGAGGUCAAAUUAACGGCAUGCACCGGUCUACCAGUGAGGCUGAAAUGGCCAAGUAUGAUCUUGGAGCUCAGAGCUUGACGCCCGAUGAUAAGAAGGACAAGCGUGGACGGUCGCCUUUCAAGUUCUUCAGAAGCAAACGCGGCGAAAGCAGCGACCGCGCUAAAUCCCGCAAAUCCAAGACCCCAGACCCCUUCAGCGAUACCGAAGUAUCGCCCGAACGGGGACCAAGGAGGCCAAACCCCCAAAUCAAAGUGUCACAGCCCAAUCAAAGAUAUAACGGCAUGAACGCGCGGCCUAGCAGAUCCAACUUGUAUGGAAGCCAAGUUGGACUGAACUCGAACCUGCAGAUGGCGACACCGACGCAGGAGCGGAAACAAAUGACGACCAGUACGUUGGCGGCCUCUGCUACGGAAACAGUCGGCAAUGAGAUCUUCGACUCGGAGUGCCUCAGACUCAUCAAUGAGUACUUCUAUGGCGUCAGAAUAUUCCCCGGUCAAGACCCUACCCAUGUGUACAUCGGCUGGGUGACGACGCAGUACCACCUCCACUCCAAGGACUUCAACCAGAGCAAGGUCACCAAGUCAUCAGUCAUCAUCACCGAUGAUUACGACAGGGUUAUUGAGAAUGUUAACCGCCAAUCUUGCUACAUGGUCCGCGCCGAUGAGCUAUACAACGAGGUGAUGGCUGAAGCGACUGCGAAGGGUGCCUCUCAAGGCAUGUUCAUAGGAUGCUCAGUAGACACGUCUACUGGAGCCGUGGCCUUCACUUGUGAGGGAAAGGAGACCAGUAUUAAGUUCAAGAUGGAGCCGGAAACCAAGCUGUUCCCUGCCAUCUUCGUAGAGGCGACUUCCAAAGAGAUUCUUCAGAUAGAGCUGGGCAGGUCGGCUACCAGCCUGCCGCUGUCAGCUGCAGUACUACCCACCAGUGACAAACACGUCAUCCCACAGUUCCCGCCUAGGCUCAAAGUGCAGUGCCUGAAGCCACACCAGUGGGCUAGAGUACCAAACCAGUCUCUUCAAGUGCACGCUCUGAAGCUAUCUGACAUCCGCGGUUGGUCCAUGCUCUGUGAAGACGCUGUCUCCAUGCUGGCCUUGCAUAUACCUGAGGAAGACCGUUGCAUAGAUAUCUUGGAGCUGAUAGAGAUGGACAAACUCCUUAGUUUCCACUCGCACACACUCACUCUGUAUGCUGCGUUGUGUUACCAGAGCAAUUAUAGGGCCGCCCACGCACUUUGCCAGCAUGUAGAUCAGAAGCAGCUACUCUACGCGAUCCAAUCGCAGUACAUGUCGGGUCCACUUCGACAAGGGUUCUACGAUCUGCUCAUAGCGCUUCAUCUGGAGUCACAUGCCACUACUAUGGAGGCCUGUAAGAACGAGUUCGUAAUUCCACUAGGACCUGAACUGAAGUCGUUGUAUGAGGAUCCGGAUAUGGGCCACAGUCUGCGCUCACUGCAGACCGAGUCUGUUCGCCCGCAGAUGAAGAUGACUGAUAUCGCUGAGAGUAUAACAGAGAUCAGCAACCUGUACUCUCCGUUCUUCCCCUUGGAGGUGGUCCGCGAGUUCGUGAUGCAGGCCCUGGCCGAGGCUGUGGAGACCAACCAGGUUCACAACAGGGACCCUGUGGGAGGCAGCAACGAGAACCUCUUCCUGCCCCUCAUCAAGCUGGUUGACCGUCUUCUCCUGGUUGGAAUGAUGCGUGAUGAAGAUGUUGAGAAGCUGCUCAUCAUGACCAACCCUGAGACUUGGGACCCUUCCUUUGACAAAGAGGGCAAAGACGAGCACAGGAAAGGCCUCCUACACAUGAAGAUGGCUGAAGGCGCGAAGCUACAGAUGUGCUACUUGCUACAACAUCUCAAUGAUAUACAGCUGAGGCACAGGGUCGAAGCUAUCAUCGCCUUCGCACAUGACUUUGUUGGCGACCUACAGACUGAUCAACUGAGACGUUACACCGAGAUCAAACAGUCGGACUUGCCGAGCGCGGUGGCUGCUAAGAAGACGAGAGAGUUCCGUUGUCCGCCUCGAGAACAGAUGAACGCCAUACUUAGUUUCAAACACUUGGAGGAGGAAGACAAGGAGAAUUGUCCUUGCGGUGAGGAGCUGAUCGCGCGCAUGAACGAGUUCCACGAGAGCCUCAUGGCGCAUGUGUCGCUCAAUGCUCUACAGGAACCUGAUUCUUCGGAAUCAACUGAACCAGAAAAGAAACCAGGCGCGUUUGGAAAGCUCUACAACAUAAUAAACACUGUAAAGGAGCUGGAAGAAGAAGCCAAGGCUAUUGAAGAACCGCCAAAGAAAACUCCGGAAGAGAAAUUCCGUAAAGUUUUAAUUCAGACCAUUGUUAGUUGGGCUGAGGAGUCACAAAUAGAAACACCUAAACUGGUCAGGGAAAUGUUCAGCCUCCUCGUCCGUCAAUACGACGCAGUAGGCGAGUUGAUCCGCGCGCUAGAAAAGACGUAUGUCAUCAAUGCGAAGACCAAACUGGAUGUCGCGGAGAUGUGGGUCGGGCUGAGCCAGAUCCGGGCGCUGCUGCCGGUGCAGAUGAGUCAGGAGGAGGAGGAGCUCAUGAGGAAGAGGCUCUGGAAACUCGUUAACAACCAUACUUUCUUCCAACACCCAGAUUUGAUCAGAGUGCUCCGUGUCCACGAGAACGUGAUGGCGGUGAUGAUGAACACUUUGGGCAGACGUGCGCAGGCGCAGUCCGAUGCGCAGCCCGCCUCGCCGCCAGCUGUUGAAGAUACCAAGGAAAAGGACACAUCCCACGAAAUGGUGGUCGCUUGCUGCCGCUUCCUGUGCUACUUCUGCCGCACUGGGCGACAGAACCAGAAGGCCAUGUUCGACCACUUCGACUUCCUUCUCGAGAACUCCAACAUCCUGCUGUCCAGACCCUCGCUGAGAGGAUCCACGCCACUCGACGUGGCUUACUCCAGUUUGAUGGAGAAUACUGAACUAGCUUUAGCUUUGAGAGAGCAUUACCUAGAGAAGAUAGCAGUAUACCUGUCCCGCUGUGGGCUGCAGAGCAACUCGGAGCUGGUUGAGAAGGGUUACCCCGAUCUGGGAUGGGACCCCGUAGAGGGCGAGCGGUACCUUGACUUCCUGCGGUUCUGUGUUUGGGUCAACGGUGAAAGCGUAGAGGAAAACGCUAACUUGGUCAUCCGUCUCUUGAUCCGUCGUCCUGAAUGUCUCGGCCCGGCCCUGAGGGGUGAAGGCGAGGGUCUGCUGAAGGCCAUAGUGGAUGCCAACAAGAUGAGCGAGAGGAUCGCCGAUAGACGGAAACUUAGGGAGAUGGAACAAGAAGGAGACGUUAACUUCAGCCAUCCGCUACCGGAAUCGGACGAGGAUGAAGACUAUAUAGACACAGGCGCCGCCAUACUUAACUUCUACUGUACGCUGGUAGACUUGCUUGGAAGGUGCGCGCCUGAUGCUGGAGUUAUAGCUCUGGGCAAGAACGAAUCUCUCCGAGCGCGCGCCAUCCUCCGAUCUCUAGUUCCCCUUGAAGACCUGCAGGGGGUGCUGUCUCUACGGUUCACCCUCAACAACCCCGCCGCAGGGGAAGAGAGGCCUAAAUCCGAUAUGCCAUCGGGUCUUAUCCCGGGACAUAAGCAGAGCGUCGGUCUCUUCUUAGAGCGAGUCUACGGUAUUGAGACUCAGGAGUUGUUCUAUAAGUUGCUAGAAGAAGCCUUCUUGCCAGACUUGAGGGCUGCUACUAUGCUCGACAGGAACGACGGCUGCGAGUCAGACAUGGCUCUGUCCAUGAACCGCUACAUCGGCAACUCGAUCCUGCCGCUACUGAUCAAACACGCCUACUUCUACAACGAGGCUGAGAACUACGCCAGUCUGUUGGAUGCUACGCUGCACACUGUGUAUAGAUUAUCAAAGAACCGCAUGCUGACCAAGGGUCAACGUGAGGCGGUGUCAGACUUCCUGGUGGCUCUGACGUCAGCCAUGCAGCCGUCCAUGUUGCUGAAGCUGCUGAGGAAACUCACUGUGGACGUGUCCAAACUGUCCGAGUAUACUACUGUCGCUUUGAGGCUUCUAACCCUUCACUACGAGCGCUGCGCGAAGUACUAUGGCAGUACGGGCGCGGGACAGGGCGUGUACGGAGCCUCCUCCGAUGAGGAGAAGAGGCUCACCAUGAUGCUGUUCAGCAACAUCUUCGACUCGCUCUCCAAGAUGGACUACGAGCCAGAGCUGUUUGGAAAGGCGCUGCCGUGUCUUAUUGCUAUUGGUUGUGCGCUGCCUCCUGACUAUUCCCUCUCCAAGAACUACGACGAUGAAUUCUACGGAAAGGAACAAACUACAGGAGACCUCGACAACCCUCAAUACGACCCACAGCCCAUCAACACGUCAUCAGUAGCUCUGAACAACGACCUGAACACCAUCGUACAGAAGUUCUCCGAGCACUACCACGACGCCUGGGCAUCCAGGAAGAUCGAGAACGGCUGGGUGUACGGCGAGUCCUGGUCUGAUAGUCAGAAGUCACACCCUAGACUGAAGCCGUAUAACAUGCUUAAUGAUUAUGAGAAAGAGCGUUACAAAGAGCCAGUGCGAGAGUCCCUCAAGGCGUUGCUAGCUAUCGGCUGGUCGGUAGAACAUUCUGAAGUCGACAUCCCGAGCACGAACCGCAGCUCAAUGAGGAGGCAGUCCAAGUCUGGAGGCCGCCCUCCCGAUAUUAUGCAGACGGACUCAGCAACUCCAUUCAACUAUAACCCUCACCCAGUGGAUAUGACCAAUUUGACGCUGUCCAGAGAAAUGCAGAACAUGGCUGAGAGGCUCGCAGACAACGCCCACGAUAUCUGGGCGAAGAAAAAGAAGGAAGAACUGGUCACAAAUGGAGGCGGCAUCCACCCACAAUUAGUUCCCUACGACCUCCUAACAGACAAAGAAAAGAAGAAAGACCGAGAACGAUCCCAAGAGUUCCUCAAAUACCUCCAAUACCAAGGUUACAAGCUACAUAGGCCCAGCAAAGCUCCGCAGAGUGAUACGGAACAGACCACUACGGGCGUAGCAAUAGAGUUGAGAUUCGCUUACUCGCUGCUGGAGAAACUGAUUCAGUAUAUUGACAGGGCUACGAUUAAUAUGAAGCUCUUGAAGCCGUCGACUACGUUUAGUAGAAGGACCAGUUUUAAAACGAGUACUAGGGAUAUUAAGUUCUUUUCCAAGGUGGUGUUGCCCUUAAUGGAGAAAUAUUUCUCGACGCAUCGUAACUACUUCAUAGCGGUGGCGACUGCUACUAAUAAUGUUGGUGCAGCAAGCUUGAAGGAGAAGGAAAUGGUUGCCGCUCUGUUCUGUAAGCUGGCUAGCUUACUGAGAUCAAGACUCGCAGCCUUUGGUCCCGACGUCCGUAUAACAGUCCGCUGUCUCCAAGUCCUAGUGAAGGGUAUCGACGCCAAGUCCCUCGUGAAGAACUGCCCCGAGUUCAUCAGGACAUCCAUGUUGACCUUCUUCAAUAAUGUGGCUGAUGAUGUUGGGCACACCAUCAUGAAUCUCCAGGAUGGUAAAUACGCACAUCUCCGAGGGACCCACCUUAAAACAUCAACAUCUUUGGGCUACAUCAACGGCGUACUGUUACCCAUACUGACAGCUAAGUUCGACCACCUCGCCAACUGCGAAUACGGAGCUGAUCUACUGUUGGAUGAGAUCCAAGUGGCGUCAUACAAGAUGCUGGGAUCACUGUACGCGCUGGGUACGGACGCAUCGCUGACCCACGACAGAAAAUACUUGAAAACUGAAAUCGAGAGGCACAAGCCUGCUUUGGGUUCAUGCCUCGGUGCAUUCAGUUCGACAUUCCCGGUGGCGUUCUUGGAGCCUCAUCUCAACAAACACAACCAGUUCUCACUGCUCAACAGGAUCGCUGAUCACUCGUUGGAAGCCCAAGAUAUAAUGCAGAAAAUGGAACAAAGCAUGCCGACACUCGAGACGAUCCUAGGUGAGGUAGACCAGUUCGUUGAGUCAGACAAGACUUACAACGAGGCACCUCACAUCAUAGACGUGGUGCUGCCUUUACUCUGCUCGUACUUGCCCUUCUGGUGGGCGCAGGGACCUGAUAAUGUCACUCCUACUGGCGGAAACCACGUUACAAUGGUAACAGCAGAACACAUGAACCAGCUCCUCAAGAACGUGCUAAAACUCAUCAAGAAGAACAUUGGCAAUGAGAACGCGCCGUGGAUGACGCGCAUCGCGACCUACACGCAACAGAUCAUUAUUAACAGUUCUGAGGAACUCCUGAGGGACUCGUUCCUCCCUCUCGCUGAGAGGGUCCGGAAGAGGACUGAUAAUAUGUUCCAUAAAGAGGAGAGCUUGAGAGGGUUCAUUAAGUCAUCGACCGACGACACGUCACAAGUGGAGUCUCAGAUACAAGAAGACUGGCAGCUGCUUGUCCGAGAUAUCUACUCGUUCUACCCUCUCCUCAUCAAGUAUGUGGACCUGCAGAGGAAUCACUGGCUCAGGAAUAAUGUUCCAGAGGCUGAAGAGUUAUACAACCACGUGGCUGAGAUUUUCAACAUCUGGUCCAAGAGUCAGUACUUCCUGAAGGAAGAACAGAACUUUAUCUCAGCCAACGAGAUUGAUAACAUGGUGCUCAUCAUGCCGACAGCGACCAGAAGAGUGACGGCAGUCGUGGAUGGAACUCCACAGGCCGGCGGCAAGAAAAAGAAGAAACACCGUGACAAGAAGCGAGACAAGGACAAGGAGGUCCAGGCCUCUCUUAUGGUGGCCUGUCUUAAGAGGCUCCUACCAGUAGGACUGAACCUCUUCGCCGGCAGGGAACAAGAGUUAGUCCAACAUUGCAAGGAUAGGUUCCUGAAGAAAAUGUCUGAACAAGAUGUUGCGGAAUUUGCCAAAACACAACUGACCCUCCCGGAUAAAAUUGACCCCGCUGAUGAGAUGUCUUGGCAACACUAUUUGUAUAGCAAGCUUGGAUCGAAGAGCAAGACUAAUAUUACAGUGGAGACAGCAGAGAAUAAGGCGAAAAUAAUUGAUGAUACCGUGGAGCGGAUUGUGGCUAUGAGCAAAGUAUUGUUUGGAUUGCAUAUGAUCGACCACCCUCAACAAAUGAGUAAGAACGUCUACCGAUCGGUUGUGUCUAUACAACGAAAGCGCGCCGUCAUCGCCUGCUUCAGACAGACGUCACUUCACUCCCUACCGAGACAUCGUGCCUGCAACAUAUUCGCUCGCACUUACUACGAACUGUGGUUGGAAGAGGAGAACAUCGGACAAGAAGUCAUGAUAGAGGACUUAACGCAAUCAUUUGAAGACGCGGAACUUAAGAAGAGCGACGUAGUUGAGGAGGGCGAGAAGCCGGACCCUCUCACACAACUCGUCACCACAUUCUGCAGGGGCGCCAUGACUGAGCGAUCUGGGGCUUUGCAGGAGGAUCCCCUCUACAUGUCGUACGCGCACAUCAUAGCGAAGUCAUGUGGAGAAGAGGAAGAAGAAGGAGGCGGAGAAGAAGAGGAGGGUGGCGGUGAAGCAGAGGCUGAAGACGAGGGCGGAGCUAGUAUACACGAACAAGAAAUGGAGAAACAGAAGCUCCUGUUCCACCAAGCUCGUCUCGCAGACCGCGGAGUAGCCGAGAUGGUGUUACUGCACAUCUCAGCGUCCAAGGGCCUGCCCAGCGACAUGGUUAUGAAGACAUUGCAACUUGGUAUCUCUAUCCUACGCGGCGGUAACAUUGAUAUUCAGAUGGGUAUGCUGAACCACUUGAAAGACAAGAAGGACGUCGGAUUCUUCACGUCGAUAGCUGGUCUCAUGAACUCCUGCUCUGUGCUGGAUCUUGAUGCCUUCGAGAGGAACACCAAGGCUGAAGGUUUGGGAGUCGGUCUAGAGGGCGCUGCUGGUGAGAAGAACAUGCAUGAUGCAGAGUUCACGUGCGCUCUGUUCCGGUUCAUACAGCUGACUUGUGAAGGUCACAACUUAGACUGGCAGAACUACCUCCGUACCCAGGCGGGUAACACGACCACAGUGAACGUGGUCAUCUGCACUGUGGACUACCUGCUGCGGCUGCAGGAGUCCAUCAUGGACUUCUACUGGCAUUACUCCAGCAAGGAGCUGAUCGAUCCCGCCGGUAAAGCGAACUUCUUCAAGGCCAUUGGCGUCGCCUCGCAAGUGUUCAACACCCUCACUGAGGUCAUCCAGGGUCCUUGUACUCAGAACCAGCAGGCGUUGGCGCACUCCAGGUUAUGGGACGCUGUGGGCGGUUUCCUGUUCCUGUUCUCUCACAUGCAGGACAAGCUGUCCAAGCACUCGUCGCAGGUGGACCUGCUGAAGGAACUCCUCAAUCUGCAGAAGGACAUGAUCACCAUGAUGCUGUCCAUGUUGGAAGGAAACGUUGUUAAUGGUACAAUCGGUAAACAGAUGGUAGACACUCUAGUAGAGUCAGCCUCCAACGUGGAACUGAUCCUCAAAUACUUCGACAUGUUCCUGAAGCUGAAGGACCUGACUUCCAGCCCCAGUUUCCAGGAGAUCGACGGCAACAAUGACGGCUGGGUCCUGCCUAAAGACUUCAAGGAGAAGAUGGAACAGCAGAAGAGUUAUACGCCAGAGGAGAUAGAGUUCCUGUUGGCCUGCUGCGAGACCAACCACGACGGCAAGUUGGACUACGUGGGCUUCUGCGACCGGUUCCACGAGCCCGCAAAAGAGAUUGGGUUCAAUCUCGCUGUACUGCUCACCAACUUAUCGGAGCAUAUGCCCAAUGAACCCAGGCUAGCCCGUUUCCUGGAGACUGCUGGAUCCGUCCUGAACUACUUCGAGCCAUUCCUCGGCCGCAUCGAGAUCAUGGGCGGCUCCAAACGUAUCGAGCGAGUCUACUUCGAGAUCAAGGAGUCCAACAUCGAGCAGUGGGAGAAGCCGCAGAUUAAGGAAUCAAAACGCGCCUUCUUCUACAGCAUAGUAACAGAAGGCGGUGAUAAGGAGAAGUUGGAAGCCUUCGUCAACUUCUGUGAAGACGCGAUCUUUGAGAUGACGCAUGCGUCAGGCCUCAUGGCUGCGUCAGAAGAGUCUUCCGGUGGACCGAAGAACAGGGAGGCCAGUUACAUGUAUAUGGGUGAUGAUGAUGAUGAGAGAGCCGGCAAAGAUCCAUUCCGUCGUGGUCUCCAAUCAGUCAAAGACGGCAUAUCCACGGCAUUUUCGUCCUUAUCACCAUCCAACAUAAAGGCGAAAAUCGCGGACAUGCAACAAAUGCCUCCAGCGGAACUCGCUGUCGGCUUCUUUAAAAUGUUCUUCUAUUUAUUCUAUUACUUGGGCUACGGAGUUUUAGUAGUUGUUAGGUACAUAUUCGGCGUCCUCCUUGGCUUGAUGCGCGGGCCCCAGAUAGAAGAACCACCAGCGGAACCCACGGAGGAAGAGAAAAUCGGUUCGCGGCAUCUACCAGCAUUGCCGGCGGCUGACGAUACCGGUCAAAUGCAAGUCUCUGCUUUUGGUCUGGAUAUAACUAAAGAAGACAAUGGACAGAUACAGGUUAAACCGCACGAGUCACCGAGCACAUCAACGCCAUCUUCCGGCGAGGAGGCGGAGGUUUCCCCCGACGAGAACGCUGACCAUCCCGAGGAACAGAGGCCACCUUCACUAAUAGACCUUCUGGGAGGUGAACAAGCAAAGAAACAAGCGCAGGAAAGGAUGGAGGCGCAGGCCGCGCAACAGGCUGCCAUGUCCGCGAUCGAAGCUGAGAGCAAGAAGGCUGUGCAAGGCCCGGCGCCCUCAGCUCUAUCCCAGGUGGACCUCUCGCAGUACACGCGCCGCGCCGUCUCGUUCCUCGCGCGCAACUUCUAUAACCUGAAAUACGUCGCGCUCGUUCUGGCUUUCUGCAUCAACUUUGUUCUGCUGUUCUAUAAGGUUUCCACUUUGGAAGUUGAGGGUGGCGAGGGUUCUGGUUUGGGUGACAUCAUCGCUGGUUCCGGCUCUGGAUCUGGAUCGGGCAGCGGAGAUGGUGGUAGCGGUGAUUCUGGUGAAGAUGAUGAUGGUUUAGAAGUAGUACAUAUAGAUGAAGACUUCUUCUACAUGGAACAUGUGAUCAAGGUCGCUGCUGCACUACACUCCGUGGUAUCACUUGCCAUCCUCAUAGGAUACUACCAUCUCAAGGUCCCGCUAGCUAUCUUCAAACGCGAGAAGGAAAUCGCCCGUAAGCUGGAGUUCGACGGUCUGUACAUCGCUGAACAGCCGGAGGAUGACGACUUCAAGAGCCACUGGGAUAAACUUGUCAUAUCUGCCAAAUCGUUCCCCGUUAACUAUUGGGACAAGUUCGUGAAGAAGAAAGUCCGCGCCAAGUACUCGGAGACUUACGACUUCGAUUCCAUCUCCAACAUGUUGGGCAUGGAGAAGACCUCCUUCUCUGCUCAGGAAGAGGAAGGAAGCAAGGGACUUAUCCAUUACAUCAUAAACAUCGACUGGCGCUACCAGGUCUGGAAGGCGGGAGUCACGAUCACAGACAACUCGUUCCUCUACUCUCUCUGGUACUUCUGUUUCUCCGUCAUGGGCAACUUCAACAACUUCUUCUUUGCCGCCCAUCUGCUAGAUGUCGCUGUCGGCUUUAAGACGCUCAGGACUAUCUUGCAGUCAGUAACGCAUAAUGGAAAGCAGCUGGUAUUGACGGUGAUGCUGCUAACCAUCAUAGUAUACAUCUACACGGUCAUCGCGUUCAAUUUCUUCCGCAAGUUCUACGUCCAAGAGGAAGAUGAUGAGGUCAACAGGAACUGCCAUGACAUGCUGACGUGUUUCGUGUUCAACCUGUACAAGGGAGUGCGCGCUGGUGGUGGUAUUGGUGAUGAGUUGGAGCCUCCCGAUGGUGAUGACAGCGAGGUCUACAGGAUCAUAUUCGAUAUCUCCUUCUUCUUCUUUAUUAUUGUCAUCCUGCUCGCUAUCCUGCAGGGUUUGAUCAUCGACGCCUUCGGAGAGCUUCGUGAUCAGCUGGAGUCGGUGAAGGAGGACAUGGAGUCCAACUGCUUCAUAUGCGGCAUCAAUAAGGACUAUUUUGAUAAAGUGCCGCACGGGUUCGACACUCACGUACAACGAGAGCAUAAUCUAGCGAACUACAUGUUCUUCCUUAUGCAUCUCAUUAAUAAACCCGACACCGAGUAUACAGGUCAAGAAACAUAUGUCUGGAACAUGUAUACACAACGAUGCUGGGACUUCUUCCCCGUUGGAGACUGUUUCAGAAAGCAAUACGAAGACCUCAUGGGAGAAUAGAAGACAUUGGAGAAUAAUGGAGAAUGUUGGAGAAUAUUUAUGAAUAUUGGAGAAUGUAUCACUUUAGCUAUAUUCGCUUCACGUAGCAAUGUCAAAAUAUAUUGCUCAAAAGAAUUCGAAAAAUCAUCAAUUUAGUAAAGAUUCGUUAAAGAAAGCUUGUUUAUAAUUUUGUAAAUAUUAAUAUCGGUUUUAAAUUUAACGAUAUUGUCGUAUUUAUAUUUUAUUGUUUGUGUGUUUUUUCUUGAGUUUUAAAACUGCCGCUUUUCACUUGUUCAAGAAAUAAUGGUUGUGUGUAAAACGAGUCUUUACUAAACACGUUAGCGUCAAAGUUCAAAUUCUCGAAACUACUAAACAAUAAAAGAUAUAUUUCUAUUUCUUAAGUAAGUUUUAACUUAAGGUGGCCUUUCCAUGUAAACUUUUCUAUUUUAACUAUUUCGAUAUAGUUUAUGUAAGAUAAAUAAAAUUGUUAAAUAAAACUAUUUAAUUUAA